CAGUUUGCCCAGACCAUGCUCUUUGCCAUUGAGGAGAUAAAUAACAGAACGGACGUACUGCCAGGUAUUUCUCUUGGAUACAGCAUAUAUGACACUUGUGGCUCCAUUCCCAGAAGCAUAAAAGUUGCGCUUGCCUUGAACAAUCGCAAUGAAAGUGUGUCUUCAAACUCUGACACUCCGUGUACCAAACCAGUACAAGUUCAGGCUAUAGUGGGAGAAACUUCUUCAUCUCCUAGCACUGCAAUAUCGACUCUCAUCGGACCAUUUGACAUACCACUGAUCAGCCACUUUGCCACAUGUGCUUGUCUCAGUGAUAAAACCAAGUAUCCAUCCUUUCUCAGAACCGUACCCAGUGACUACUAUCAGAGCAGAGCUCUGGCUCAUCUGGUCAAACAUUUUGGCUGGACUUGGGUCGGAGCCGUCCGAAGCAAUGACGAUUAUGGCAAUAAUGGCAUUGCUACAUUCACAGAGACUGCAGAGCAGCUGGGCAUUUGCUUGGAAUAUUCUGUUUCUUUCUUUAGAACAGAUUCAACAGAAAAAAUGCAAAAGGUGAUCAACACUAUAAAGACGUCCACCUCAAAGGUGAUUAUCGCCUUCGUCGCACACUUGGACAUGGACGUGCUUAUACAUGAGUUGUCAAACCACAACAUGACCGGCUACCAGUGGGUGGGAAGUGAAGGGUGGAUCUCUGAUUCUCAGUUUGCAGCAGUGGAUAAGAAUCGCAUCCUGGACGGAGCGAUCGGUGUUUCCGUUCCUAAAACUCAUGUGAGCGGUCUCAAAGAGUUCAUACUAGACGUGAGGCCACUCAGAUCUUUAAAUAACGACUUGUAUAAAGAGUUCUGGGAGACGUUGUUUAGCUGCAAGUUCAAGCAGGAGAAAUCAGAUGGAAAUUAUAGAGAAUGUACAGGACACGAGGAUCUGACUGGAGUGGAAAACAGCUUCACUGACAUGUCCCUCAUGCCCAUUUUUAGCAAUGUGUAUAAAGGAGUGUAUGCAGUGGCUCACGCUCUGCAUGAUAUUCUCGGAUGUGAUAAAACCUGUAACAACAAUGUGCAGCUUGACCCAUUCACGAUUUUGCAACGCAUUCAAAAGAUUCACUUCAAAACAAAGGAGGGAGAAGAGGUUUACUUUAACGAGAACGGAGAUCCAGCUGCAAAGUAUGAAAUUUUGCACUGGCAGCCAAGAGAAAACGGCACUUUGGACUUUGUCAUAGUUGGCGUUUAUGAUGCAUCGUUACCAUUUGACAAACAGCUCAGCCUUCAAAAUACGACCUUAAGAUGGGCGCAGAGCUCAACAAAGGUACCUGUGUCGGUGUGCAGUGAGAAGUGUCCCCCAGGGACCCGGAAGGUUCUCCAGAAAGGAAAACCCGUCUGCUGCCACGACUGCAUAAGAUGUGCCGACGGAGAAAUUAGCAAUGUUACAGAUGCUGUCAUUUGUGUAAGAUGUCCCCCUGAAUCCUGGCCAAACGAGAGAAGAGAUGCCUGUAUAGAGAAGGAAGUUGUAUUUCUAUCAUAUGAAGAAAUUAUGGGCAUACUCCUCACUGCUGCAGCCUUAUUUGGAACAUGUAUAACAGCCAUUGUGAUAGUAAUUUUUUUCAGAUACAGAAAAACUCCUCUUGUCAGAGCAAACAACUCUGAGCUGAGCUUCCUCCUCCUGUUCUCUCUGACCCUGUGUUUCCUCUGCUCUCUGACCUUCAUCGGCCAGCCCUCUACGUGGUCCUGCAUGCUGCGGCACACAGCCUUCGGCAUCACCUUUGUCCUCUGCCUCUCCUGUGUUCUGGGGAAAACCAUGGUGGUUUUAAUGGCGUUCAAAGCUUCACUUCCUGGGAGAAAUGUAAUGAAAUGGUUUGGGCCUACGCAGCAGAGGCUGAGCGUUCUGGGUUUCACUCUCGUGCAAGUGAUCAUCUGCAUCCUCUGGUUAAGCGUCUCUCCUCCUUUUCCCUACAAAAAUUUUAAGGAAAUUAAAGAAAAAAUCAUCCUGGAGUGUGCCCUGGGCUCUGCUGUGGGUUUCUGGUCCAUCCUCGGUUACAUAGGACUUCUUGCCGUCCUGUGUUUUGUUUUUGCUUUUUUAGCUCGGAAGUUGCCCGAUAAUUUUAACGAAGCCAAAUUUAUCACCUUCAGCAUGCUGAUAUUCUGCGCUGUGUGGAUCACUUUCAUCCCAGCGUACGUCAGCUCUCCUGGAAAUUUCAGUGUCGCUGUAGAAAUCUUUGCUAUCCUUGCCUCCACGUUUGGGCUGUUAAUUUGUAUUUUUAUCCCAAAAUGUUAUAUCAUGUUACUGAAACCAGAGAAAAAUACAAAGAAGCACAUGAUGGGGAAAGGGCCACAAAAGUCAUUCUGAAGAUAAAGCUUUGCCACCACCAAAAACGUCUGCUGAAAACUGCUGAAUAUGAAUGUAAAUGUAAUAAGUUUACUUUAUAUGCAUUUUCAUCCUGAAUAAAUUCAUGUGUGUACUACAACUUAUAAAAAUAAACAGUAAAACA